CGCAUCCUUACAAUUUCCGUGAAAAUCCCCCCCAUCACUAGACUAGUGCCAUGGCAUGGGUUGGUCGUAUUCUCGCUCCUAUCCGAUCCUCAACACCGCCUGAACUACUUGGACCACAAUGUCCAUUUUCCAGACCUCUUCUCACAACCUGGGCAAGUCGGUAUCCGGCAACUGCUUGUGCAAUGUCUCGAAAGGUGACAUAAAGCAAUACUAGAACCGACUGAGCAUGGCGCAAACUCGUGCCCCGAUGAAGAAUAGACAAAAGUCCAGGAGCGGUUGUCGGACGUGCAAGCUCAGACGCCUACGAUGCGAUGAAACAAAACCAGGAUGCCGGAACUGUGCCCAGAAAGGGUUCGAAUGUCCCGGCUAUCAGCAGCGUCUACAAUGGUCGACCAAGCACGAAGUUUCUCUCCCAGCACAGCCAAGAACUGAGCCAGAAAACUUCACACAACUUGUCACUGCCGCAUCCGCAUCCAUUGUCCCAUCCAAGGAAAAGCCAACGUCGAGUGAUGUUCAUAAUCCCAGGCCUACUACUAAAGCACCUGCUCAGACUCCGCCUCCAAGCCAUGCAGAGACACCGCCGCCCUCAGCAUCGUUCUCGACACCGUCUAUAUCCUCUUCGCCUCUACCCUCGCCUGGGACCCCCGUUGAAGGACAGGAUGGCUUAUAUUCUACGAUGAUCGUACCGUCCUCUUACGACAAACGUACCUUUGCUCAAACAUUAACUCUAACCCAACCCGUCGUGGACGUUCGCUCCUUCCUGAUCGAACACUGGUUCAAGUCCGUGUGCGCCUCCUGGUCCGCCUACGACUCCGCCUCCAACCCCUACCGACGACUAACAUCCGUCCUCUGGAACACCUCUCCGCCCGUCUUCUACGCCCUGCAGUCCAUCAGUAGCGCUUCCCUCGUAGAGAAGCUUCCCGCCGUGAUGCGAGAGACAGCCCGUAUGGCGCCCCGCCUCGCAACCGAGGCCAUCAAAGCCGAGCUCGUCAGCUUCUUCAACGGGCACUGCACCGUCUUCCCGCGCGGCCUGCUCCUCUCUCUCUUCUGCAUGAGCUCGUCCAUGUGCUGGAUGGAAGCCCGGCAGCUGGGGCAACAAUACCUCCGCCAAGCGAGAGCAGUGCUGCAAGUGCUGAACAGCUGGACUUUGAGUCAAGAGGACCAGGAACUGCUCGACUUCUUCAACGGCUGCCUUAUCUACGAAGAAAUGCUCCGCAGCGUGGUGAGUGACGACGAGACCGACUUUAAGAACAUGCUCAGCUGGCCGGACCCGCCCAUUUCUACCAUCCAAGGCACCCUGGUUGCCUCAACGCCUCACCCCUGGACCGGCGUCUCGGCGGACGUCUUCAGACUAUUCGGCAAAGCCAUCGCGCUGUGUCGGCGCUCGCGCAGCCGAUGGCGACAUAACGACGGAACGACGCUACGGGCCCUGCAAAGCGCAAUGAAAGAUAUCAAGGAAGCCACGCGCAUCGAGGAAGCGCUGCUAGCUAUUGACGUACCCACCGACGACGGCGCCGACAACCACCACCACAACGCCCACACACAACUAACCUCCUCCUCCUUACCCAACAAUUCCACCACCACCCCAAACAUAACCAAAGACCUCCGCCUCGCCACCGAGACCUACCGCCUCUGCUCCCUCCUGCAACUCUACGAGUCCUUCCCCGACCUAGUCGCCAAGCGGAUACCCGACCUCGGCCUGCACCGAGACGCGCCCAUCGACCCGGCCAUCAUCUGGACCAAAUGGGUAUCGCCACUAGCCUUACACGUCACCGAGAUCCUUGACCGGAUACCCGCGAGCAGUCUGCGGUGUAUCCAGCCGCUGCUGUGUCUUUGCGCCGGAAGCGGGCUCAGGUUCGAUAGCAAGACGGCGCUGGGGCAGGGCGAGUAUAGUUAUUUGUUGAGUUUGGAGUCUUCAUCAACAUACUUGGGGUUGGGAACCAUUCCGGGGUUACCUGCAGGUAUUGGGUUUGGGGGGUCAGGAACAUCGUCGUCGUCGUCGGCGUCGGCGUGUGAAAAUGCUGCAGAGGAUACGCAGGCAAUUAAGAUAUCGCAGGCUCGAUCGAUUCUUAUUGAUCGUCUGGGUCAGUUGGAGCUGUCGCUGCCGCCUAAGCCGAUCAAGGUGGCGAAGCAGUUGUUGCAUGCUGUGUGGAGCGCGUAUGAUGAGGAGAUUGAUACGCCUAGGAGAACGCAUUGGUUGGAUGUGAUGAGUCGGACGGGGCUGCAUAGUUUGUUUGGGUGAUGGGAAUAUUUUGAAUAUCCAUUAUACAACGCAGUUCAUGCUUAGGUCAUGAAAUCCUUCGAGUUCGGAGGAUGUUAUGUGCUCCUCGGGUUUGUUCAAACUUAAUCUCAUUCUGGA